AUGGCUGGGAAAAGUGCCAGAUUCAAUCAAGCAGCAUCUGCAGCUAUUCGGCUUAAAAAAGGGUUGUUUGCUGGAAUAAAGCUGAAGAAGAAGAAGAAAGCAGAUAAAGGGUUAACCAUUGCAAACAAAGGCGCAGCGGAUGACCAUGAAGAAACUGACAGCUUGCACCAAGAGAUGUUUACUGGCCAAGAUGGAGAAGAAGGAGAAACCAUGUAUGAUGCCGCUGCUUCCACCAGUAGCUUUGGUGCUUCUGGGCCUCUGAAGAAGAGAGCAAAGCUGGAGUCCAAGAUCCAUGAAGGGGAGGUGAAAUCACAGAGUUAUCAGAUUGCCAUAACAAUCAUCGAAGCGCGGCAGCUUGUGGGAGAAAACAUAGAUCCUGUGGUGGUUAUAGAGAUUGGAGAUGAAAAGAAGCAGACAACGGUCAAAGAAGGAACCAAUGCACCAUUUUACAAUGAAUAUUUUGUGUUCGACUUCAUUGGGCCUCAAGUGCAUCUCUUCGACAAAAUUAUCAAAAUCUCUGUCAUGCAUAACAAGCUGAUAGGUAGUGUAUUGAUUGGUUCCUUCAAAGUAGAUUUGGGGACAGUAUACAAUGAACCAGGUCAUCAGUUUUGUGACAAGUGGGCCCUUCUUACUGACCCUGCUGACAUCAGGACAGGAGCUAAGGGAUAUCUGAAGUGUGAUAUCACCGUUGCUGGGAAAGGAGACACCAUACAGGCCGUUCAGAAAACAAGCGAUGCGGAAGAGCAGAUAGAGAAGAACCUGUUGAUUCCCAAAGGAUUCCCCUCAGAAAGGCCUUGGGCCAGAUUCUACGUGAGGAUCUACAAAGCUGAGGGACUGCCCAAAAUGAACUCAAGCAUCAUGGCCAAUGUCACAAAAGCAUUCAUGGGUGACAGCAAGGACCUUGUGGAUCCAUAUGUGGUGGUCACCUUUGCAGGUCAAAUGGGCCGAACAACAGUGCAGAAGAACUGUGCCGAUCCUGUGUGGCACGAACAGGUUAUUUUUAAAGAAAUGUUUCCUCCCUUGUGCCGAAGAGUGAAAAUCCAGGUGUGGGAUGAAGGCAGCAUGAAUGAUGUGGCCUUAGGCACUCACUUCAUAGACAUGAAGAAGAUCUCAAAUGAGCAGGAUGGAGAUAAAGGUUUUUUGCCCACCUUCGGACCUGCUUGGAUCAAUCUUUAUGGCUCGCCUAGGAACCAUUCCUUGAUGGAUGACCACCAAGAGCUCAAUGAAGGCUAUGGGGAAGGUGUUUCUUUCAGGGGCCGCCUCUUGAUUGAACUAGCAGUGGAGAUCCUCUCGGGAGGAGCCCAUGAGUCAAAGUUUUCCAAAAUCAUCAAGGACAUAAAGCUGCCUUCCAAGGAUAAGGACUCUAAAGGCUCCAAAGGGUCUGGGAAAGAGAAAGAAAAGGGAGCAGAAGAUGGAAAGUCCUCUUCAGAGUCAGAUAAAACAAAUUCAACUGAUGUGGAAGUAGAGCCAUUUGAUGUUCCACCUGAGAUCCAUGAAGAACAAUUGGAAGAAUUCCUCCUCUUUGGAGCAUUUUUUGAAGCAUCAAUGAUUGAUCGGAAAGUUGGAGAUAAACCAAUCAGCUUUGAGGUGUCUGUUGGGAAUUAUGGUAAUGUUAUUGAUGGAGUGUCACCAGGAGCUGGAGGGAAAAAGAAAUCCCAUGAAGGAGAAGAGGAAGAAGGUGUCCCCUUGUUGCAUGAAGGAACAGGAGAUGCUGCACAUGAUGUUUCAAUACCAUUGGUAUCUACUACACAUCCUGAAAAACCAGUAAUCACUGAAGGAAACAGAAAUUAUUAUUACUUGCCGUACGAUGAGAAAAAGCCCUGUAUUUAUAUAAAAAGUUUCUGGGGUGACCAGACCUUUAGACUGUAUUUUUCCAACAUUCUUGAGAAAAUGGCAACUCUCUUGGAAGAAGGUUUACAACACGUCAAAGAUUUAAUCAAAGUUUCGGAGAUGGAAUCAGAAGAAAAAAUGAGGUCCACUCUCACUGAUUUUAUCACCCAAAGUAGGGCCUUCAUUGCAAAUGCUGAAAAGAAAUCUAAGCAGAUGAAUAGGACAGCUUUGGACAAAAAGAGGAUGACGUUGUGUAAGCAAGAACUGGAAGCAAUGUCCAAAGAUGCCAAAGGAAUCAUCCAGCAACAAAAGAAGAAGAUUCCAGUCGACGAGAUGAUGCGAGAGACCCAGAACUUUAUUGAGAAGAUUCGCUUCUUGGUAGAUGAGCCUCAGCAUACGGUGCCUGAUGUGUUCAUCUGGAUGCUCAGCAACAACAAAAGAGUUGCAUACGCAAGGAUCCCAGCCAAAGAUUUGCUCUAUUCCCCUGUGCAUGAGCAGCGAGGCAAACAUUGUGGGAAGAUUAAAACACACUUCUUGAAACUACCGGGGAAACGGCCUUCUGGUUGGAACGUCCAUGGAAAAGUCGACACAUAUUUAUGGCUUGGUUCUGCCAAAUACUCUCACACCAUUUUGGACAACUUGCCUGUUGGUUAUGAGACAGAAGUACCUUCCUCAGCAAGUGCAGGAUCGCAUGCUACUGCUCCUCCUGUCAGCCUGGUCUACAAAACCAAGAAUGUCUUCCAGCUGAGAGCUCACAUGUACCAGGCCAGGGGGCUGAUUGCGGCCGACAGCACCGGACUUUCAGACCCCUUUGCUAAAGUGACUUUUGUUUCGCAUUGCCAGACCACAAAGAUCAUUCAGCAAACUUUAUCUCCCACCUGGAAUCAGAUGCUGCUUUUUAAUAACAUUCUGCUUCAUGGAGAUGGGAAAGAAAUCGCAGAAUUCCCCCCAGUGGUUGUUAUAGAGCUAUAUGAUGAUGAUGCUGUGGGAAAAUCAGAAUAUAUUGGUUCCACUGUAGCUGCCCCUGUAACUACAUUGGUUGGUGAGAAAUAUGAACCACCUAAACUCAGUUACCACCCUAUAUACUGUGGAAAUAUUUCUGGAGGCGAUCUCCUUUCUGCAUUUGAGCUGCUGCAGAUCCCUGAUUCUGGUCCUGAAGACCUCCCACCCAUGGAUCCUCCAGAUGCCAGCCUAAUCUAUCCCGUACCAGUCAACAUCAGACCUGUUCUAAGUAAAUACAGAAUAGAGGUUUUGUUUUGGGGCCUUCGUGAACUGAAGAAGGUGCAGCUUCUUUCUGUAGAUCGCCCUCAAGUCCUCAUAGAGUGUGCUAGCAAAGGGGUGAAAUCAUGUGUCAUCCAGAGCUACAAAAAUAAUCCAAAUUUUAAUGUCCUGGCAGAUUGGUUUGAAGUGGAACUGCCUGAAAAUGAAUUACUGCACCCUCCCCUCAGCAUCUGCGUGGUUGACUGGAGGGCCUUUGGCCGCAGUACUCUGGUGGGGACACACACCAUCAAUUGCCUCAAGCAGUUUUUAUAUAAGCCAAAAGAACUGCCUGCUUCGGCAGCAAAACCAGCCAAGAUUAUAGAAAUUGAUGAAGGUCCAUCUGCUCCAGGACCAGUUCAACCUCCAUCACCUCAAGAGGCCCCAACAGACCAUGUCUAUAUUGACGUAGAACAUGGUACACCUGUCUCAGCAGUCCCUGAGCCGACAGUAGUUGGUGUUCCAUCAUCACCGCCUGUCCCAACACCAGCACCUGCACUGAAACCUACAACUCCUACCACAGAGCCUACAAAAGAUGGGAAACUGAAAGAUUCAAGAAAAUCAAUUCGGAGGUCCACCAAGAGGAAGAAGAGGACAAUUGCUGAUGAAUCUGCUGAAAAUGUAAUUGACUGGUGGUCCAAGUAUUACGCUUCUGUGCAAAAAGUACAAAAGGCAAAAAUACUUGACUUCAGUGAUGGAAAGCCAGGAAACACGAAGGCAGCUACAGGCGAAGUAGCGUUGAGCAUUGACGAUGAGCCAGACAAAAAGAAGAGAGACAAACUGCUCAAACCAAAAGUGAAAGAGGCAACUCCAAAUCUUGCAACUAUGGAGAUCUAUGAAGGGGACCUGGAAAGUGAAUUUAACAACUUUGAAGACUGGGUGAAAACAUUUGAACUCUUCAGGGGGAAAUCUACUGAUGAAGAUAACAGCGUUUAUGAGGAGAGGAUAAUAGGGAAAUUCAAGGGCUGUUUCUGCAUAUAUAAAAGUCCAGAAGAUUGCUCCUCCGGAGAUGGGGGCCAGCCAAAGAUCCUGCAGGGUAUACCUCCGAAUCACUCUGUGAACGUUCUAAUCAGAGUAUAUAUUGUGGCAGCAUUUAAUCUCAGCCCAGCUGAUCCAGAUGGCAAAUCCGAUCCUUAUAUUGUACUCAGACUGGGGAAAACAGAAAUUAAAGACCGAGACAAUUACAUUCCCAAGCAGCUAAACCCAAUUUUUGGAAGGUCAUUUGAAAUUCAGGCCACUUUCCCGAAGGAAUCCCUGCUUUCAGUCCUGAUCUAUGACCAUGAUUUGAUCGGUUCAGAUGACCUCAUUGGGGAAACAAAAAUUGAUUUGGAAAACCGUUUCUACAGCAGGCAUCGAGCUACCUGCGGACUGCAGAGUCAGUAUGAAAUUGAAGGAUAUAAUGCCUGGAGAGAUGCCACCAAGCCAACUGAGAUCCUUACUAAGCUUUGCAGAGAUAACAGGCUGAGCGGACCUUACAUGCAACCUGGAAAGAUACAAAUUGGAGACAAGAUCUUUACAGGAAAGACAGUCUUCCAGGAAGAUGAGAAUGAGGAACCAGUAGAAUCGUAUGAACACCUAGCCCUGAGAGUGUUGCGUUCUUGGAAUGACAUUCCAGAUGUUGGAUGUAAGCUGGUGCCUGAACACAUUGAGACACGACCGAUCUACCACAAAGAUAAGCCUGGCAUGGAGCAGGGUCGUGUGCAGAUGUGGGUGGAUAUGUUUCCUAAGGACAUGCCUCUCCCGGGACCACCCGUUGAUAUUUCACCCAGAAAACCCAAAGGUUAUGAACUGAGAGUAAUCAUCUGGAAUACUGAAGACGUCAUUUUAGAGGAUGAGAAUAUAUUUACAGGACAAAAAUCAAGUGAUAUCUAUGUGAAAGGGUGGUUGAAAGGCCUUGAAGAUGACAGGCAGGAGACAGAUGUGCAUUACAACUCUUUGACUGGAGAAGGGAAUUUCAACUGGCGGUUUGUGUUCCCUUUCCAUUAUCUUCCAGCCGAGAAACAGGUGGUGGUUUCCAAAAGAGAGAACAUCUUUUCUCUGGAAAAGACAGAACGCAAAAUCCCGGCAGAACUGGUGCUCCAGGUGUGGGAUUUUGAGAGGCUUUCUUCUGAUGACUUCUUGGGCUCCCUUGAGAUGAACCUGAAUGGGUUUCCUCCAGCAGCAAAGUCAUCCAAGCGGUGUGACAUCAGCAUGGUAACUGCAACCAGCGAGGAGAAUAAGAUUUCCAUAUUUCAGCAGAAACGGGUCAGAGGCUGGUGGCCUUUUAUCAAAGCUGGAGAACUCACGGGCAAAGUGGAAGCUGAAUUUCAUUUAGUCACAGCAGAGGAAGCUGAGAAAAAUCCUGUAGGUAAAGCUCGGAAAGAACCAGAACCACUGGAAAAGCCCAACCGGCCUGACACCUCUUUCUCCUGGUUUGUGAAUCCUUUCAAGUGUUUCUUUUACCUCAUCUGGAGAAAUUACAAGAAAUACAUCAUCAUUGGGUUCAUUCUCCUUAUCUUGGUUGUGUUCUUAGUGCUUUUCAUCUACACUUUGCCUGGUGCCAUAAGUCGUCGGAUCGUUGUGGGUUCUUAAAAGACCUGUUUCUCUAUCAUGGCAUUAGCAAGUCAGUGAAAACUAAACAGCUUUUGUUUUCCAAAUUCAGCAUAAAAUGUAACUCGAUGGUUUAGUAAAUUCCAAAUAUAUUCUUAAUGAUAGCACUUUAUCACACAGCUCUGUUGACUGUGUUGCUGGGGCCAAACCAGGUAUGAGAAUGGGAGCACUUUUGUAUAUUUACACCAAAAUCUUGUCCAAUUAUAUAGAAAAGGAGGAGUCAAUGCACAGUGGGUGGGUUGCACAUAUCUUGUACCCAUUUUCUCAGUCGCUGUCAGUGCUGCCCCAGCAAUGAGAUGCAUGAUGGAUAUUCUGUUUUAAUAUAAAUAAUUAGCUCAUGUAUAUUAAAUAUAAAAUGAUGUUCAGUGUA